CCUUUUCGUUCCGAAACCGCGUGUUGCUGUCGGUGUUCGGAUAGUGCUGUGGUUGAAUUUUUCCUUAUUUUGUGAAAAAUUACAGCCCAAAACUCAUCAAAAUGAGUCUGUACAACUUCAAAAAGAUCAUGGUGGUGCCGCCCGCCAAGGCCUUCAUCGAUAUUAUGCUAUCGAAGACCCAGCGGAAGACGCCCACCGUUGUACACAAGCACUACAAAAUCAGCCGCAUCCGUGCGUUCUACAUGCGCAAGGUGAAGUACACGCAGCAGAACUUCCACGACCGGCUGACGCAGAUCAUCCAGGACUUCCCGAAGCUGGACGAUGUGCAUCCGUUCUAUGCGGAUUUGAUGAACGUGCUGUACGACAAGGACCAUUACAAGCUUGCCCUCGGACAGCUCAACACCGCCCGGCAUCUGAUCGAUACUGUGGCGAAGGAUUACGUCCGUUUGCUGAAGUUUGGUGACUCACUGUACCGAUGCAAGCAGCUGAAGAAGGCGGCCCUCGGUCGUAUGGCCACGAUCAUGAAGCGUCAGGCCUCGAACCUGACCUACCUGGAGGAGGUCCGGCAGCAUCUGUCCCGUCUGCCGUCGAUCGAUCCGUACACGCGCACAGUGAUCGUGUGCGGAUUCCCGAACGUGGGCAAGUCCAGCUUCCUGAACAAGGUGACCCGGGCUGAUGUGGAUGUGCAGCCGUACGCGUUCACCACGAAGAGUUUGUAUGUCGGUCACAUGGACUACAAGUACCUGCGCUGGCAGGUGAUCGAUACGCCCGGCAUCCUGGACCAUCCGCUUGAGGAGCGCAACGUGAUUGAAAUGCAGGCCAUCACGGCGAUGGCCCAUCUUCGCGCCUGCAUCAUGUACGUGAUGGACGUGUCGGAGCAGUGCGGCCACUCGAUCGAGGAGCAGGCGAAGCUGUUCGACAGCAUCAAGCCACUGUUCGCGAACAAACCGCUCGUGCUGGUGCUGAACAAGACGGACGUGCUGAAGUUCGACGAGCUGCCGGCAGACAAGCAGCAAAUCAUCGAGGCACUGUCCGAGGACCGGGAGGUGAUUCCAAUCCUCGAGAUGUCCACCGCCACCGAGGAGGGCGUGAUGGAGGUGAAGGUGGAGGCGUGCGAGCGCCUGCUCGGCUACCGGGUCGACCAGAAGCUGAAGACGAAGAAGCUGGACGGCGUGCUGAACCGUCUGCACGUUGCGAUGCCGGAAAAGCGCGACGGCGUGGAACGCCCGGCGUGCAUUCCCGAGACGGUGCUGGCCGCCCGUGCCGCCAACGCGGAAAAGCUGGCCAAGCGGCAGCGCAAGCUGGAGAAGGAGAUCGAGCAGGAGAUGGGCGACGAGUAUACGCUGGAUCUGAAGAAGAACUACACCACCAUCCCGGAGGAGGAGCGGUACGACGUGAUACCCGAGUUCCUGAACGGCGUCAACAUUGCCGACUACAUCGAUGCCGACAUCUUCGAGAAGCUGGAGGAGCUCGAGCGGGAGGAGGGCCUGCGCAUGGACUCCGGGUUCUACGAGCCGCCGCCGCUCAACAUGGACGAAACGCUGCAGGAAAUUCGCGAGAUGGCGAAACAGAUCCGCCUGCGCCGGUUCCAGCUCAAGGACGCGCGCAAGCUGGCCCAGAAGAGCGGCCGGCCGAUCAUGCCCCGCCACAAGCAGGCGAUGGUGCGCGUCCGCAAGGCGGACGAUCUGCGCAAAACGAUGGAGAACCUCGGCCUGGACAUGUCCGGCACGGAGGAUACGAACUUUGCCAAGAACCAGGUCAGCGUCAAGCGCAGCGUGGUGCCGGCGGUCGGCGGCCCAAAGACGCCCAAGAAAGAUCGCGAAUCGAGCGCGGUGUGGAAGGCGACCGGGCUGCCGCUCAAGCGGAAAACGCCACGCAACGAGCUCGGCAUCAAAGAUGUUAUGCUUAAAGCGAAGGCCAAGGUCAUGGCGAAACACGACAUUGCGAAGCGUGUUACGAAGAUGUCGCGCAAGGGUGAGGCCGAUCGGCACAUACCGGACCUUAAGCCGAAGCAUCUGUUCGCCGGCAAGCGCGGCACGGGCAAAACCGACCGCCGCUAGUGUUGUAUCCGUUGGUAAGGAAGCUUUGGCAGUUUUCAGCCUGUUCAGUUUUAGUGUUUCGCUCGCGGGAACGUUUGUGUUUUCAAAGCAUCUUCAAAAUAUAUACACGAUUAAUUUACUUUCUACAAUGCAA